UCUUUUUGCCUUUUUAGAAAUAUCCCAAGAUUAUCAUUCCUCCACACUCCGCUCUAAUUGCCAAAAUAAGAAAAGGGUUGUUCAUAUUGUACCACUAAAAUUGGUCUAUUCUACAAAGAAAACCAUUUGUUUUUUUUUCUUCACAUUUUUCUGAAGUGGGGUUUCUUUGAUAUUUACAAUGGACUUAAAGAAACUGCCAUUUUGUGAUCAGUUUUCAUACUUUGGUUCUUCACCAAGAAGAAAGGUAGUUGUUUCUGGCUUUGGUUUAGGUGUUGCUGCUUCUUUCAUUUUUCUUUGUAUUUUACUCUUGAAUUAUUCUUUCAAGUCUCCAUUUGUUAGCCCUGUUUUUAGUGGUUUUAGUUACAGUGAUAAUAAUACUAAUACUCUCGUUUCUUGGCCUUUCUCUUUCUCUGGUAAUGUUAGCACUACUAGUGUUAGUUUAAGUUCUAACGGUUCACAACAUUCUUUACUUGUCAAUGGAACCAUUGAAGGAAACUUUAGUGUUCAAGAAUCAGGGAUUACCAAGAAAAUUGAUGAAUUAAUUGUAACAUUUUCCAAUUUUUCUGGGAAAGGAACAGUUUUGGGGGAAAUUUUAGGAAAUACUUCUAUGAAAAAUGGAAGCUUUGUUGUUCAAGAAUCAGGAAUUAUCGAGAAAACCCCUCAAUUGAAUGUGUCACCAAAUGAUGGAGAUAUAACAUAUCCAAAAUUUGGUGGGAAUGGAACUAAUUUGGGGGACAUUGGUAUCCAAGAUUCCACCAAGAAUAAGGAAAAGUAUAAUGUGACCUCAAGUGGUGAUAGAAACAAAAUUGCAGUGAUUGACGGUAAAGGGGGAUUAUCUGUGGAGAAAAAUGGUGUAAUGGUUCAAGAUGAUGGAAAAUCAUUGAUUGGACGUGGCAAGGAUUUUUAUGGGGAUUGUGAUAUAUUUGAUGGUGAAUGGGUUAGAGAUGACACAAAGCCGUUUUAUCCUCCUGGUUCUUGCCCUAUUAUUGAUAGAGAUUUUGAUUGUCACCUUAAUAAGAGGCCAGAUGAUGGGUAUAUCAAGUGGAGAUGGCAGCCAUAUGCAUGUCACAUUCCGAGCCUCAAUGCAACUGAUUUUCUGGAGAGAUUGAGAGGGCAAAAACUUGUUUUUGUGGGGGACUCGUUGAAUAGGAACAUGUGGGAGUCCCUUGUUUGCAUUCUUCGCCACAGUAUCCAAGACAAAAAGCGAGUUUAUGAGAUAUCAGGAAGGCAUGAAUUCAAAAAGAAGGGCUUCUAUGCAUUCAGAUUUGAGGAUUAUAACUGUUCUGUGGAUUUUGUUAGCUCUCCGUUUCUUGUCAGACAAUCAGCAUUUAAAGGAAAGAAUGUUUCUUUCGAGACACUAAGAUUGGAUUUGAUGGACAAGACGACUUCAAUGUAUAGUGACGCUGAUAUUGUAAUUUUCAACACCGGUCAUUGGUGGACUCAUGAGAAAACCUCCAAAGGGGAAGAUUACUACCAGGAAGGUAAUCAUGUGCAUGCAAGGCUCAUGGUUUUAGAGGCAUACAAGAGAGCGAUUUCCACUUGGGCAAGGUGGGUGGAUAAGAACUUCGAUGGAAGCAGAACUCAAAUUAUUUUUAGAGGAUAUUCGGUCACACACUUCAGGGGAGGUCCAUGGAACUCAGGCGGGCAGUGCCAUAAAGAAACCGAACCAAUAUUCAAGAAGGCUUAUCUAGCAAAGUACCCUUCAAAGAUGAAAGUCCUACAUCAUGUGCUUCAUAAUAUCACGAUCCCUGUCAUUUAUAUGAACAUUAGUAGGCUUACAGACUAUAGAAAAGAUGGUCACCCUUCGAUAUAUAGAAAGGAGUACAAGACAGUAGAAGAACGAAUGGCCGGAGUGCAUGCUCAGGAUUGCAGUCAUUGGUGCCUACCAGGAGUACCGGAUACUUGGAACGAGUUGUUAUAUGCAUCUCUCCUGAAAAGCAGAAAAGGCUCUUGGAAGAACUGAAAUUGAACUAGUCCUUUUCUCUUUGAUCAUUCUUUUGUUCUAUUUUUUGGUACUUGUCCAUAUAAAGCAGGUAGCAUAGUAAUUCAGUCCUGGAGUCUGAAGUUGAUCUGUAAAAUUUGAACAAGCUUUCCUAUUGAGGAAAAAAAAAAAAGCAAAUUCCUGAUUAACAAUAACAUCUUUCCUGUGAUAUAGGACUAUAUGGAGUACAGUGUGCUGCUACUCCCUUGAAUUGUUAA